CCCGCACUAGUCCCGCCUUUUUUCCCGGGUCUCUGGCUCUCGGCUGCCUGGCGCGCGCCUCCCGCUGCUUGCAAUUUGCAAGCGUUUUGCAUUCUUUUAUAUAUAUAUAUACAUUUUUAAUACAUAUACUUUUUGUUGCAAGCUUUGGAUGCGGAGGGCACCGCCGGCUGCGCCGCAUGGAGGCAGCGCCCUCCGGACUCCUUGGUCUUUGCCUCCUCCUUUGCCUCCUCUGCCUCCAUUGCCUCCUCCAGGCAAGAUGAUGAAGUUUCGGUUCCGCCGCCAGGGCCACGACCCCCAGAGGGAGAAGAUCAAGCAGGACCUCUUUGCUUUCAACAAGACCGUUGAGCAUGGCUUUCCCAACCAGCCCAGCUCCUUGGCCUUCGAUCCCAAGCUUCGGAUUAUGGCCAUCGGGACCAAAUCGGGAGCGGUGAAAAUAUAUGGAGCUCCUGGGGUGGAAUUGACAGGUCUGCACAAAGAGACUGCGACCGUCACACAGAUGCACUUCUUACCUGGACAGGGUCGGCUGCUUUCCCUUUUGGAUGACAACACCCUCCAUCUAUGGGAGAUCUACCAGAAAGAUGGCUACUCUCACUUGGAGGAGACCCGGAGCUUCGUCCUCCCCGGACGUCCAGGCUCUCCUCCCAGCAUCACGCGCGUGACGGUGAUCUCCCUGCAGUCGGCGUGUGACGCGGCCUACCUCGGCACGGAAGGGGGCGGCGUUUACGUCCUGGAGCUUCCCAGCUUGACGUUGUUGGAGGACAGGACCCUGUACCAAGAUGAAGUCAUGCAGCGGGUUCCUGAGGACUAUCGUUGCGGGAAGGCUUUAGGUCCGGUGGAAUCCCUCCAGGAACACCCCCAGGAUCCCGCCAAGAUCUUGAUCGGUUACAGCCGAGGUUUGAUGGUCCUGUGGGACAAAAGCACCCGAGACGUCAGCCAUCUUUACCUGGGCAACCAGCAACUGGAAAGCCUGGCUUGGGAACGGAGCGGCCGGACGAUUGUCAGCUCUCACAGCGAUGGAGGCUAUGCGGUCUGGUCGGCGGCGAAUGGCUCCACGAAGACUCAGCAACCGGCCACAUCUACCAUCCCUUAUGGUCCUUUCCCGUGCAAAGCGAUCAACAAGAUUGUGUGGCAAACAUGUGAAUCGGGGGGUCACUAUAUCAUCUUCAGCGGAGGGAUGCCCCGCGCCAGUUACGGGGACAGGCACUGCGUCACCAUCCUCCAAGGGCAGACCUUGGUGACCCUGGACUUCACGUCGCGGGUGAUCGACUUCUUUACGGUGUACAACACCGAGGUAGAGGCGGAAUUCGACAACCCAAUAGCCUUGGUGGUUCUGGUGGAGGAAGAGCUAGUGGCUAUCGACUUGCAGACCCCUGGCUGGCCCACGAUCCCUGCCCCGUACCUGGCCCCUCUCCACUCCUCCGCCAUCACUUGUUCGUACCACAUCUCCAACGUCCCCCUCAAGUUGUGGGAGAGGAUCAUCAGCUCAGGGGAGCUCCAGAGCCCUCGGCUCUCUUCGGCGAACUGGCCCAUCAAUGGAGGGAAGAACCUUGCGCAAGAACCCACACAGAGGGGCCUUCUCCUGACGGGCCACGAAGAUGGCACGGUCCGGUUCUGGGAUGCCUCCGGCGUGUCCCUGAAACCAUUGUACAAGCUGGGAACGGCCAACAUUUUCCAGACGGACUGCGACCACACCGACAGCCUGAACCAGUCCUGCGAGGAGGAAUGGCCGCCCUUUCGGAAGGUCGGCUGCUUUGACCCUUACAGCGACGACCCCCGGCUGGGCAUCCAGAAGAUCGCACUGUGCAAAUACACAGCCAAGAUGGUGGUGGCUGGAACGGCAGGGCAGGUGCUGGUGACGGAGCUGAGUGACGAGAAGUCAGAGCACGUGGUCAACGUGGCCGUGGUGGACCUCCUCCAGGACCGAGAAGGCUUCACCUGGAAGGGCCAUGACCGCCUCCCCCCGAAAAAUGGCUCCCUGGCCUUUGCCCCGGGUUUCCAGCCCAGCGUCUUGGUGCAGUGCAUGCCCCCGGCAGCCGUCACGGCCGUCACUCUGCAUUCAGAGUGGAACCUGGUGGCCUUUGGGACCAGCCACGGCUUCGGACUCUACGACUACUACAGGAGGAACCCUGUGCUGGCCAGGUGCACGCUGCAUCCGAAUGACUCCCUAGCCAUGGAGGGACCCCUCUCCCGCGUCAAGUCCCUGAAGAAGUCGUUGCGCCAGUCCUUCCGCCGGAUCCGCAAGAGCCGUGUGUCCGGAAAGAAAAGGGUCAACACCACCAGCCCUUCCAGCAAAGUGCAGGAAGCGAAUGCCCAGUUGGCCGAACAGCCUGGUCCUCACGAGGUCGAGAUGACCCCCGUCCAGCGGCGGAUUGAACCCCGCUCAGCCGACGACUCUCUGUCCGGAGUCGUGCGGUGCCUCUAUUUCGCUGAUACCUUCCUCCGAGAUGCUGCGCAUCAUGGACCCACCUUGUGGGCUGGCACCAACUCUGGUUCAGUCUUCGCCUACGCCUUGGAGGUCCCUUCCCAGGAGAAAUUUUCGGAGCGUGCCGUGGAAGCCGUCUUGGGCAAGGAGAUCCAGCUCAUGCACAGGGCCCCGGUCGUGUCGAUCGCCGUCCUCGAUGGCCGGGGCAACCCUCUGCCGGAGCCGUACGAAGUCUCAAGGGACUUGGCCAAAGCCCCUGACAUGCAAGGCAGCCAUUCGGUACUCAUUGCCUCAGAAGAACAGUUCAAGGUGUUCACGCUGCCCAAAGUUAGUGCCAAAACCAAGUUCAAGCUGACAGCGCACGAGGGCUGCCGCGUCCGGAAAGUGGGGCUGGUGAACUUUGCGAGUGCCGCAUGCGAGGACUACGCCGAGAACGGCCUGGCCUGCCUCACCAACUUGGGGGACAUCCACAUCUUCACGGUGCCGGGGCUGCGGCCGCAGGUGCAUUACGACUGCAUCCGGAAGGAGGACAUCAGCGGCAUCGCCUCCUGCGUCUUCACCAAACACGGGCAAGGUUUCUACCUGAUCUCUCCGUCUGAGUUUGAGCGCUUCUCCUUGAGCACCCGGAACAUCACAGAGCCCCUCUGCGUCUUGGACACAAGCCGUGUCCAUGACGCCACCUCUCUCGGGAACAGUUUCACAGCGACGCCAAAACUGAACCAGGCCAAUGGGACCCACGUCCUCCAAGGCUCGGACCCCAACCAUUCCCUCACAAGCCUCGAACGGUCUCCGGAAGAACACCAGGCAUCCUUUUGCCCAACGCCGGUCGACUCUCCCAACAACAGUAUUGACACCCCUCUGGACACCACUGGAGACAUCACUGCGGAAGAAGUGAAGGACUUCUUGGCGCCCUUGGAGGAAACAGAGCGAAAUCUGAGGAACCUAAGUGACGACGAGGCGCGUUCCCCGGGGAUCCUAAUUAAAUGAGAGAGGGUGAAACCAUGGUGAGACUGUUGGAGGAUUUGGAAGCCACUUGAACAAGACGACUUCGCUUUGCAACGGACCGUUCGCCGUACCUCUCCGCCUCCUUCCGGAGACUUUCCUUUUGCAGUUUGUUUUUACGCAAGGAGUUAAUACCAUGAACGCCUGGAAGCGGACAGGUGGGAUACCUUGAAUCUCAGACUCUCUCAUUCUCGGUCCUUCUCCGAGUCUGCCUCUCUCUACGUCUCUUUUUUUAAGGUUGAAAACGCAAGAGUGCCAUCCAUCUACAGAAAGGACCAAGUUGUGUCUUCUCUUCCAUUGCACAAAAAACAAAACCCCACAACACUAAAACUCUUAAACUUCCUCCUUUUUUAAAAAAUAAAGAAAAAGACGAAAGAAAGAACAAAUGAACACAAGACACAAAAUCAUGCGCGGGGAGGAGAUGUCAUUUGGAGAUCCCUGCAAGACCGAAUCUGCAGCAUCCCUUGAAGCGAAGUGUUGGCGCCGACCUUUCCUUGUAGGGAGCCGGCUUUUUAUAUAGACAGUAUUUGGACGACUGUUUUCGGAUCCUGAAAACCUUUCUCUUCUCGUACGAAAUGGGCUCUUUUUGCGGGGAUGUUUACAUAUAUAUUUGCAGAGUCUCCCUCCUGCCUUUGGGUUGGAACCACCUUCUUCUGCCAACUUCCAGGAAGAGAAUCGGUGCCCAUCCGGGGAGCAAAGACCACCUCCUUAUGAGCCACCUUUUGGGGGGGGAACGCUUUUGUGACCUUUUCUAACACUUAUUGGGACGAUUUCUUUUCUCUAUUUGGAUUAUUUGCUCUUUGGUUUUGAAGGAUUCCUCGUUGAAGUCUUGGGUUUUUGGUGCCAGCGGAUGUGUGUCCUUUGGUUUCUCCCCAUCGGGCAUAUUUUGUGGAAGACCACACCGUGGAUCCAUGAGAAAACCUAUCAUUGUGGACAUUUUUUUUCCCAUCAUGUGGCUGAUGUGGUUAUGAUGCACAAAGUUUGGUGUCAAGAAAUGUCAGAAUUGAUGUUCUUUUUCUCCUUUCCCCCCCCUUUUCUGACUUCUGUUGGUGUGAAUUUUCAGGAUAGGAAGGAAGUGUUUCUGUUGGGGAGAAUCUGUAGCUUUUUAGGUAUGUUUCUCCACUUUGACUGUUUUGAGGAAUUCACCUGCUUUGGAGAAGUCUCCAAUUGUAUCUCAACUGUGGGAAAAGGUACAGAUCUCUGCUGGAUUGCAACACUCAUCAUCCCCAGGUCAGAACAGCCAACACUGGGGAGUUAAUAAUAACUUUAGGGAAGUUGCAUGAUUUCUACCCGAACCGUAGCUGCAUGUGAGUGAGGGUUUAUUGAACACCGCACAAAUUUUGUUCAACCACAAGUCCCAUCCUCCCUCACCGUUGGCUGCCCUGGUUGGGUCUGAUGGGUUUUGCAGUCUAGUUACAUCAGCAGAGCACAAAAGCUUGGAUUUGUUAAGAGAGCUGUGUGUAUUACAACAAAAGGGCCUUUCACACUUGCAGAGUUAUAGUGCUACGAUUCCACUUGAGCUGCUAUGGCAACAUGCAAUGGCAUCCUGGGAUUUAGAGUAGGAGGGCAAGUACAGCCAGGAAGCUCUAGUGCCACCACAAACAAUGUAUCCCAGGAUUCCACAGGAUGCAACCAUGGCAAUUCAAGUGCAAACAUAGUGCCACAAUUGCGUAGUGUGAAAAAUCGACCUUCCUUCCUUCCUAAAAUUUUGGUUUGAAAGUAGUGCAUGCUUGCUGGGAGAAAGGGGGGCCAUGACAACUUUGGGUUGUAACUGUCCACAAUUCAAAAGACCAAUAAGUGGACAUAUUGUCCCAGCUCCUUGGGGUUGCAUUCCUUGCUUUGUGUGGUCUUCUUCACAAAAGUUGUCAAGCCACAAGAUGUAGGGGCAAUAGCAUCACAGGUCUUUGGGAAGUCCUCAAACUUUGCACCAGGGGUGAGAAUCAUGUAGCUUGGUUGAGGGUGUUGGACUGCAGUCUCCAGCAGCCCCCAGCCAGUAAUAGGGGGGGUGAUAGGAGUUGCAGUUCCAGCAAUAUUGGGAGGCCUGUGCCAUUCCCAUCUCUGUAACUGAGAUGAAACAUGUCACCUUAUGCUCACAUGUGUGCCAGCGAAUUCUCCAAAGCCCCCGCACACCAUCUUUUUGAGGUUAAAGGAAUUGAAACUCUCUAGUGUUUUUGGGGCCUUCUGGGAUUAUCCUGGACUCCUCCUGUAUUUAAUAGCUUUCCCCAUCUCCGGGUGUUGCUCCUGGCAGAAAAGACUCCACCUUGGACACAACUCCCAUUUUCCACCCAAAUUUUGUCUUGCUCAGUGUUCAGAGGAGUUGGAUGGGGGAUUCUGGGCAUUGCAGUCCAGAGAAAAGCCACUUCUCUGAGCCAUGAUCUUAGAUAUGUAGGAUCUAAGUAUUCUUUGCAGAGGCCUUCACCUAGAAUUUAAUCUAGAACUUGAAAAGUGCCACCUAUAAAUUAAUCUAGAUCUUGCAACUUGGCCAUUCGUCUCCGUUCCACAUUGACCUCUGAAAAUGGGGGACCAAAUCCCAACUCUAUAAACAUGCCCCAAAUUCCUGCCUUUUACUCCUCCCCUUGAAAACCAGAAACCUAUCUUUUGUUCUUUGCAUUCACAUUCCUUCUAUUACAAUACUACGAAGCUGGCCGCUCUGGACCUUUCCGGAGCCCAUCCUGUGCCAAAAAAGAGAGAGGCUGGGACAGUGACUUCUUACUACACUACAACUCCCAACAUCUUCCAUGCUGGCUAGGGAUUUAUAUUCCAAAAUCCUUCCAUCCUGGAAAAAAGUAACCGGGGGGAGGACCUGGCAAUGCUUGCAUGCAACUGUGCCUCCUGGGGGUGCAUCUACAUGACCCAAUUACGGCACUUCGAUACCACUUUUAACCAUCAUGGUUCUAUCCUGUGGAAUUCUGGGAUUUGUAGUUUCAUGAUAUUUGGGAUUCUUAGCCACAGAAUUCUUCUAGUGCUGCAUAAGAAACACCAGAGUCUUGUGAAACUGCAAAUCUGAAAAUAGCAGAAGGAUGGAACCAUGGCACUUAAAAGUGUUAUCGAACCGUUGCAGUUGCGCAGUGUGGAUACGCGCCCCUUGGCGUCUGCGCCAUCAUUUUGCUGCUGUUUUAAAGCAGGUUGGUCAUUGUUAUAUUUUUAUUCGCAUGGCCGACAUCAUCUUCUUGUGCCAAGGAAAGGUUGGCCAAAGGCUUUGGUCGGGGGGACAAACUAAAGUUAUAUUUCUCAUGCAGUAGUAGUACCAAUCCUGGGCUCAGCUUAGACUAGACCCAGUUUUAGAUAGCCUUUUGCGCUAUAUUGGUUGGCCCAUUCCUCCUUCUUAGUUGGCAAAGGAAUAACCCCCCAUGUCCCCACGAUAUGCCCAAAUUUUGCCCCCAUCCCACCCCAAUGAUGAAUUAGUGAGAAAUAAGAAUAAUCUGGUACGGUUGGAUUUCAUGUCCCUCUGUUUGUGUGUAUGUGUGCGCAUGUGUGUAAAAGGAUGAAUGUCUGGUGCGUGGCUGGAGAGGGGUAAGGAAUUCAUUGCUGAAAUGUGCCAUUGUGUGUCUUAAUUUUUUGUUUCUCUCUCAUUUGGAUGGGAUUAAUUGUGGAGGGGAGGGAAGGGAUUAGAGUCCUUGGUAGAAAGUACCCUCCGUUGGGAACGUUUCUUUUGUUUUUUGGGUCCAGAUAAUGGAUUUAGCAUUGUUUAGUUAUUAAUACAGGUUUCUAAUAAAGGAAAAAAACAAAAAACAAAUAAAAGCAUUUAAUAUCUUUAA